AUGGCUGUACAGAUCUUCGAGUACAAUGGGAGUGCCUUACCGCAAUGGUGGGCAAGAACUGCUACGCCAUUGCAAGCGAUCGAAGGCUCGGUGUUCAGCUUCAGACAAUCGCCACCGGUUUCCAGAGAAUUCGUAGAGUUCACGAUAAGCUCUUUAUCGGCCUCUCUGGUCUCGCCACCGAUGCUUAGACCCUGUUUCAGAGGCUUUUGUUUCGGCACAAACUGUACCAGCUUCGUGAAGACAGGGACAUAA